AUGGGUUGUUCAAGUUGUGACGCAAGAAAGAGUGGUGGAUUGGUCGAAUCGUGGCGCAAUCCAGAUCAAGAUGGAAUGACGAGAUGCGGAGAAGUUGGGAAUCGAGUUAAGAUUGUGUUGAAUCUGAAGCUAGAGGACGACAAGGUCAAUGUGUGCUACGGAUACGAGUCCAUGGCGCAAUCGGAAAUUGUUAUCAAGAAGAUGGCGCAAACGAGUCGAGGCAUGGAUCGUUCAAGACGUGGUGACAAAAUCGGAAAAGUGGCGCUGUCGAAUUCAAGAUACUGUGACGGGUCGACCGAGGAGACUGGAGAGAAGAACCCACGGAGAGCAACGCUAGUUCAUGGGUGGUGUAAGGCCUUGGUGCUUCUGCUCAAGCCCCACAACCAGGCCAUGGGUUCAAGCCCCACAUUGACCACUAUCAAAUCAUGGCUCUACAGACUCUGGAUUGGUGUUUUUGAGCUCUCAUCGGUAUUUUCAGGCUUAAACUUUUUUCCCUGA